AUGGGUUGCCCGUUGUCGUGCUUUGCGUUCGACGAUGAUGUUCCCGAUCCUGGCGCAGCCAUCCCCGCCUAUCAGGCACAAUCCCAACCCGCGAUCGCGGCUGGCCCGCAACGGUCGUCGCAAAUAACCGUGCCGCGGCAGUCCAUAGACGAUUUCAAGGCGGCAACGGACAACUUCGCGCCAGGCAACAUGCUAGGCGAGGGGUCGUUCGGGCGCGUGUAUCAGGGCUCGCUCAACGGCCGCACCGUGGCGGUUAAGAAGCUCGAAGCGAGCUCGCAACCCGACAACGAGUUCCUAGAAGGGGUGGCGACGGUGAGUCAGCUGCAGCACGAGAACGUGACGCAGAUGAUCGCCUUCUGUGCGGACGGCCCUCAGCGCGCGCUGGCCUUCGAGUACGCCAUCCACGGCAGCUUACACGACAUACUUCACGGCCGGAAGGUACCGCGCAAGACAGACGACCCGCCCAUAACCCUCACAUGGCACCAGCGAGUGAAGGUCGCCCUGGGAGCAGCCAAGGGUCUGGAGUACCUACACGAGAAGGCCAACCCGUCUCUGGUGCACAAAUCAGUCAAGUCUGCCAAUGUGCUCGUGUUUGAGGGGUUUGAGGGCAAGAUUGCGGAUUUCAACGUGGCGAACGAGGCCCCGGAUCAAGGGUCUCGCAUGGUGUCGACACGCGUGCUCGGCACGUUCGGAUACAACGCACCCGAGUAUGCCACGCUGGGUCGGCUAACGCAGAAGAGCGAUGUGUACAGCUUUGGAGUGGUGCUGCUAGAGCUGCUCACAGGCCGCAAGCCAGUCGACCCCAACAUGCCCCGAGGCCAACAGUCGCUCGUCACAUGGGCAACACAAGGACGAUUGGCGGAGGAUAGAGUCAAGUCAUGUGUGGAUCCCAAGCUUAAAGGCAACUUUCCGGAAAAAUCCGUAGCCAAGUUUGCAGCCCUAGCAGCCCUGUGUGUGCAGUAUGAUGCUGACUUCCGGCCUAGCAUGAGCAUUGUGGUUCGAUCACUUACACCACUUGUAAGAGACUCUGCUCCACAAGAUGCAUAG